AUGGCCAUCCAGGACUACCUCGCGGCGUUGCGCUGGACCAAGGACAACAUUGGCGCGUUUGGCGGCGACCCCAAGAAGACCAUGUUAUUUGGACAGAGCGCAGGCGCUGUCAAUGCCUUUGCCGUCGCGUCACUCCCAGAAGUGAAGGAUUUGGUCGCGGCUGUGGUGUUGCAGUCCGGCAGUGGCAUUGACUUGACGCCAAACGAGACGGCUCAGUAUACAGGAAAGAGUUACGCUGCUGCACUCGGAUGCGCGGACCACGAUCUGAAGUGUCUUCAGUCCAAGCCGGUCAGCAGACUGCGAGCUGCGUACCAAAAGACUGCAGCUCUGAAAGAAAAGGUCAUAUUCAAGGGGCAUAGGUCCCUCGGCGGAACUUUUGGCCUCAACUUCCCUAAUCAGACGAAUCUUAAUGCGGCGGUGCUGGAUGGCGUCGUCAUCAAGGAAGAGCCCCUCAAAGUCGGCUCCCGAGUGCCAGUCAUUGUCGGUUCCAACGGCCAAGACUCGUCUCUAUUCACUCACAAGGCCUACAAAGCCGACAACUCCAGCGCUGAAGACGCCUACGCCAGGUUCCUCGACGCUUGGGGCCGCGUGGGGCCCUCGAUCGGGAACAAGUACCCCCUCAGCGCAUUCAACAACUCCAUCAACGCGAUAGUUACGCACAUUAAUACUCUUGCGGGUUUCAAGUGCCCAGCAUACAAGACUCUGCGUGCCACGUCCGCCGCCGGGGUGCCCGCCUAUGCCUACCAGUUCAACCACGUCCCGUCGUGCCCCUGGGUCUGGAUCAGGGGGAAGAAGUUCCCGCCGCGGCGCUUUGUCGACGAGUUUGGGGCCACGCACACAGCCGAGCUGCCCUUUGUGUUUGGAAAUCUCGACAACAUGCCCGUGGGGAACGGGUCGUGUCACUCCACGGCUGCGGAGCGCGACAUUAGCCGCGGGCUGGUGGCUGCGUGGACGGCCAUGGCGGCGGGUGGUGACCCUUCGACACACGGACACAGGUGGCCGCGGUUCAACGAGUGCGACCCUCACGGGAUGCUGGUCCAGGAUCAAAGCAUGGCCGUAGCAGCAUUGGACUACGAAGAAUGUGAUUUCUGGGAUCAAGUGUGGGCGGAGUUGGGAGGGCACAUGUUGCCGAGGGCUCUAAAACUCCCAAAGCAGCCUCAGCAAGUCGGCCUACGGCAGGCGCUUCCGGCUGGCUGA